AUGUUUGACUCGUUCAUGUUACUCAUCUUGGCCCCUCUCUUUUGCCCACAGUUCCCGGAACACAGUCUCAGCAAGCUCAACGAGAGACUCAUCCUGUUCCGCCACGACUACGACUCACCGAACAUCCUGCAGAUCAUCAACGCUGCCUCUGAGGUCACGCAGGAUACCCUCGUCGAGAUCGUCAUGUCAGCUCACAACCCCUCAGAUGAGAUUCAAAUCCGGCCCCACAUGCUCUACGUCCAUUCCUACAAGACACCCACCUUCUGUGACUUCUGCGGGGAGAUGUUGUGGGGGCUGGUGCGCCAGGGCCUCAAAUGUGAAGGAUGUGGCCUCAACUUUCACAAGAGAUGUGCAUACAAGAUUCCUAACAACUGUAGUUAUGCCCGUCGGAGGCGAACCUCCGUAAAUAUUCCACGAUCUCCCUCAGACUCCAUUAACUCUAUUCACACCCAGUCCUCCCUUGAAGGUGACGCUGCUGUGGUAAGGGACAUGGCUUCCCUCACUGUCACCAACACAACUUCCAGCCCAAACAUGAGAUCUGGUCGCACUUCCUUCAGUGUGUCAGUGGGUAGACCAGUGUGGAUGGAGAAAGAGCUUGCGGGAAGAAUAAAGGUGCCACACUCUUUUGCGUUGCACAGCUACACAACACCAACCAUCUGCCACUACUGCAAGAAGUUAUUGAAAGGUCUCUUUAGACAAGGAGUUCAGUGUAAGGACUGCAAGUUUAAUGCCCACAAGAAAUGCUCAGAGAGGGUACCCAAGGACUGUACUGGGGAGGCUCCAAGGAAAGAUGAUGGAGACACAGGAUCUGACGGCUCAAGGGAUGAUGAGAGUGACAAUGAUGAGUCUCUGACGCCUCCUCACAUGGACCAAGACAACAAUGAGGAUGACAGGCCGAGACCAGACAGUCCCUCAACCAGCAACAACAUUCCACUGAUGAGAAUCGUGCAGUCUGUCAAGUAUUCCAAGCGGCCGUCCAAGGUGCUCAAAGAAGGGUGGAUGGUCCACUUCACCAACAAGGACAGCAUGCGCAAGAGGCACUACUGGCGUCUAGACACAAAGACAAUUACCCUCUACCAGAAUGAAACUAGCACAAAAUAUUUCAAGGAAAUUCAACUUUCAGAAGUAUUAAACAUUGAAACUGCUAAGCAGGCCCAUUCAGCAGAUGUUCCACGGGGAGUCAUGCAUUGCUUCGAACUCCGUACUGCUAAUGUGGAUUUCUUUGUUGGAGAAGAACCAGUUGCUGUGAAAGAUAAACCUCCAAUGGUGAAUCCUCCAGAGACAGGUGUGGGCAUGGACCUGGCCAAGGUAUGGGAAAAUGAGAUUCGCAAGGCCUUGAUGCCUGUUACGCCCCAGGCUAGUGCUACACCGGCUCACCCGCAGCAGGUUGGCAUGGAUAAGGAAGAGGCCACAUGUAAUGAUAUCUCUCAGAUAUACCAAAUAUUCCCUGAUGAAGUUUUAGGGUCUGGCCAGUUUGGAAUAGUGUAUGGUGGUGUCCACCGAAAGUCUUCCCGCCAAGUGGCUAUCAAAGUGAUAGACAAAUUACGGUUUCCCACCAAGCAAGAAGCUGCCUUGAAGAAUGAAGUGGCCAUCUUGCAAAACUUGAGUAACCCUGGUGUUGUUAAUCUAGAAAGGAUGUUUGAAACAAAGGAAAGGAUUUUUGUCGUGAUGGAAAAGCUGAAGGGUGACAUGCUGGAGAUGAUCCUGUCAUCUGAGAGGGGGAAGCUGUCAGAGCGCAUCACAAAAUUCAUCAUCUAUCAGAUCCUGACUGCUUUAAAGCAUCUGCACAGCAAAAACAUUGUUCACUGUGACUUAAAGCCUGAAAAUGUGUUGCUCUCCACUGCAAGUGACUUUCCUCAAGUGAAGCUGUGUGACUUUGGGUUUGCAAGAAUUAUUGGGGAAAAAUCCUUCCGUAGGUCUGUGGUGGGCACACCAGCAUAUUUAGCUCCCGAAGUGUUGCGUAACAAGGGCUACAACCGCUCUUUGGAUAUGUGGUCCGUGGGAGUCAUCACCUACGUGUCACUGUCUGGAACCUUCCCUUUUAAUGAGGAUGAAGACAUUAAUGACCAGAUCCAAAAUGCUGCCUUCAUGUAUCCUCCCAACCCAUGGAAGGAGAUUACUCAAGAUGCCAUUGAUCUGAUCACCAACUUACUCCAAGUGAAGCAGAGGAAGCGACUGACCGUGGAUAAGUCUUUGGCUCACAUAUGGCUUCAGGACUACCAGUGUUGGUGUGACCUCAGGGAGCUAGAGAAGAAGGUUGGAGUGCGCUACAUAACCCAUGAAUCUGACGAUGCACGCUGGGCAGCUUAUCGUAAGCAUGGCUCGUCCCCCCUUCGCUCACCUACUGAGGAGGAAGAUGACACUUUAGCUGCAUAAUAUUGUUUUGCACCUCUAUAUUUUUAUCAGUAAUUUAAAUAAACAUGUUUUGAGAUAAAUCUGUAAUUCCAGUGACUGAUUACUGUAGAAUGUAAUGCUGUGACAUACAGGGGGGGAUUGUUGUUGAGUGAUCACUGACAAUUACCAAUGAUUUUAAGAAAGCAUAGGUUAUUGAGAGAAUGUCUCCCAUAUAUGGUGAUCCCUGCAUUAUUUUAUUAGUUUCCAAAACUGCAAUCUCCAUUUUCAGUUUUCUUUAAGAAAGGAAACUUGAGGGAGUCAGAAGGGUCACUUUAGUGCGAGAGCCUGGAAGAGAUUACACUUUGAGGUGCGCAUAUUCCUGAAACUAUUGUACAUACAUAACGUACAUAAGAAUAGGUGGUACAGAUUAGAAUUUGAUGUUUCUUGCAUUCUGUGCUCUCUUGGUCUUGUUAUUUUAAACUCAAUCAAGAAGUAUUAAGUAACCAUAUAACCUCCUUCAGGAUGUAGGUGUCUUUUAAGGUAUACAUUUGUAUAUUAUAAUUCAUCUCUUCAAACUUGAAAAAAAUUGUUACUUCAUUUUCCACUUUGUGAAGCCCUCUAAGAUAUAUUUUGUUAAGAAUUACACUAUCUCAAGAGGUUGUGUUUGUGCACCUAGUUCCUUUCCCCUGCUUAUAGUCAUAGUCUUUUCUACCACUCAUGAAUAAUACUUAAAAUAUACAUGCAGUCAUGAUUAAUAUUUUGGGACAAUAGAGGGAUUGAAUGUGUCAAGGAUGUAAAUGAAAUGUUUGUAGUAUCAAGGACUGUAUGUAUGGAAUGGUAUUGAUGGGGACUUUUUACAUUUGCCACCUUUACAAGGGAGUCCAUAGAGGGAAUGGAGGCAUCAGAGAUAUGGAGAUGAAGAGUUAACAGACCAGGGUUAUGAUUGGCUUGUGUGUCUAGUAAUUUAAUUUGGUGGGUAUUGCAAACACCACAUCUCUUGUGUCAGAUUUCACUGAAACUGCAGAAAAAAACUUGCAUGGUUGUUUCUGCCAAGAAUCUGCAAGUUUCUAUAAGGAAGCAACCUGCCUUUAUCAUGCAAACAAAGAAGAGAGAAAUUGGAAUCUCAUUCAACUUGAAAGUCUUGAAAAGUGAUUGUAUUAGGAUUGGAUCAAAAACAAUGAAAUCUGCAAUUUAAUAUUUGUCUUUUGAACUUUUCACCUUUUUAGAAGUGCACACACACACACACACACACACACACACACACACACACACACACACACACAC